AGUCGAUGUCAAAUAUGACAGUAACAUAACCUCAAAAAUUGUUGUGUCUGUGAAAAUCCGAGGGCAGUUUUUGUAGAGAGUUUUUGGAUAGUAAAAUGCACACUGAGAUGAUGUCGCAUGGUUUCGAAGAAAAUCCACCGUCUGUAGCAACACACAAUGCCCUUGAGCAUUAUGUGGCAUUGGCCAAAAUGGCCAAAGGAGCCGCUUGCUUGGAUCUCAUCCAUCAAGUUCUGGAAGCUCCCGGUGUGUAUGUUUUCGGAGAGUUACUGCAAAUUCCCAGCAUUAUGGAGCUGGAAGGAGGACAACAUGUGAAAUAUUUCAAUGCUCUGAAUCUCUUCGCUUACGGAACUUUCCGGCAGUACCUGGAGAAAAAGGAUCAAGUGCUAGAGCUCAAUACUACGAUGAAAAAGAAGCUCCAGCACCUCACAAUUGUCACACUAGCCAUCCAGAAUAAAUGCAUCCCCUACCAGACACUCCUGACUGAGUUGGAUAUCUCGAAUGUCCGGGACUUGGAAGAUUUAAUCAUCGAGGCAAUUUACGCAGAUAUCAUUCAUGGCAAACUGGAUCAGAAGAAUAGCCAAUUAGAAGUAGAUUAUGCAAUUGGUCGUGAUAUCCGUCCGGGAGAUAUAAAUCAAAUAGUUGGGACUCUCCAGGAAUGGUGUGACUCCUGUGCAGCUGUCCUUAAUUGCAUCGACACCCAAAUCCAUCGGGCAAAUAGCGAAAAAGCCCGUACUAUCAAGCACAAAGAGAAGAUUGACCAAGAAAUUAUGAACCUGAAGAAGGCCAUCAAAUCGCAGACUAUCGACUGCGACGAAGCUAUGCCCAUGGAAAUGAGAGAGCAGAGUAGCCAAGAAAUGAGGAAAAAAUCUACCAAGAGCAAACCUGGCAAAUCCAGUGGAAAGUCAUGGUUCAAAAACUUCAAUUGAAUUCACUUUAUUACAAUUUUUAAAUGCGCUUAUUAAACUUGAAUUUCUUGAAAAAAAAA